AUGAAAGUCAGAUCCAUUUGUCAUUUUCGUCCCGUGCCUUCACGUCUUCGCCGUGACCUCUGGCGGUUGUGCCUUCGAGUGGAGACAAAUUCUUCAAGAAUGUCUGAUUUUACCGAAAUAUUUGAUCUUCAAACUCAAGAGCAAUUGCACUCAGCUUGCGAGGUAGCUGCGACCGCAAUUUUAUCCUCGGGUGGAUCUGAAACUACCUGCAAUCUUCCAACGGUACUCCAACUCACCAGCGAGUUUGAAUCAGUUCUUACUCACUUUUCGCACACGUACUCCCUCGAAUUCGCUCCCGACAACGGUUGGGUGUCUAUCUUAUCUAAUCUCUACACUGUUCUUCGUCCGAUCGAUCGAGAAGAGCUCUACGCUUUUUUCACCUCUGUGUACCAUCGCUUUAUUGCCAGUGGGAUUGAAGGUAGCCUGCGAGUUUGUAGUGCUUUCCGACUGUUACUGCAAUAUCAUGAGCCAGAACUGUGCAGUUUUCUUGAUUCACAUAAAUUAGGACCGGAGACUUAUGCCAAAGAUUGGCUAAAUACACUGUUUGCAGGACACUUAACGAAGGAAGCCUUAUUGUCAAUGUGGGACAUAUACUUCUUGCAUGGAAAACCCGAAUUUGGUAUUUUUGUUGCUUUGGUACUGCUUGUCAAUGCCAAAGACCGCUUGAUGAAUAAAGAAAUUGCAGAGGAGGCAGUGGAGGAGGCGUUUUGUUUGGACGAUGGGGAAGAACCCGAUGUUGCUGAAAAAGAAUCUGUGGUCGUUACGCCGAAAUCUAGAGAUGCACUUCUUACCGAAUUACGGGAUUUGCCUAAACCAAUGCAGUCCUCCGAUCUCGCUGCACUGGUUGAAAUCACUCAAAUUUACGAUCGUAAGACGCCGUUUUCAUUCCACACUAAAUAUCUGCCUCUGAUUUUUGGUUCCCCUGAUCCCGAAAACGAUAAUUACCUCAUCAAUGGAGCCCUUUCGUUGUUGGUGUCUGUUGAGGAGAUACUGAGCGCUCAGGCCUCUCGCAAUGAGAUGACACAACAGGAUGAGGAAGCAGGAGCUGUCCGCUUCUUGCUUGUCGACUGCCGACCAGCAGAUCAGUACAACGCCGGUCAUCUUGCCACCGCUUUCUACCUAGAUACGGAGCUCAUGCUAAGCAAUCCUCCCGAAUUUAAUACCAGCGUUCAGCUACCUAACACUCUUAGGUUAGCCAAGUUCAGUGUUUUUUUUGUAGCACGUCGUCUGUUACACGUGAACCCACAUUUUCCUUUUCAGGCUCUCUUACAAACGCAGAAACGCGGAAUUGCUUCUGGCUCCAAAGCUGUCGGAGAGCACAUAGUUUUUAUGGGCAGUGGUCGACUAGCAGAGGAUCGAGUAGCAAACAUGGUUAUCGCCCACUUCCUUCGUCUAAACACAGCUUUUGUGAGCAUGGUGUACGGGGGCUACACGGCUCUCCACGAAGCACUCGGUCCUCUUGAAUUCAACCGACGUUUGGUGUCUCACGAGGCUGAUCUUUGCCUUGUAUGCGCAACAAAUCGGGGUGAGCAGGCUGUCCGGAUGGCUCGUCAACAGCCUCUGUUGUCGUCCACUUUCCAUUCGAGCACUCCUCGUGGCGCCUCGAUUCCUCCAACCGCACAACCCUUUGAUAUCGUGUUGUCAACUUUCUCGAAUCUUCUCAAAAAGUCAACCCCCUCCUCCAGGGCUCCCCAAAUAGCGCCAACUCCUGUUUCUGUGGUCAAGCCUGCCUCUUACCGAAACACAGCGGCCGUUUUUAGCAUCGAUGACAAUGACGAUGAAGAUGACGAAAACCCUGAUUUGGUUUACAGACCAAUCUCGUUGCCACUGGCUGAGUCUACGGUUAAAAUGAAAACUAACCAAAGGGUUUUUAGCAAUUUAAGACACUGUGUCGCUGGCCAGUUGAUUGAUUUCAAUGAUUGCCGAAAAAUGCCUGAAGUGAAUAGCAGCUUUAUAUGCAGGCUUUUUAGCCCUAAUGGAUCGCUCUCCAAUCGUGGUAUUCUUCUUCUAUUGGAGGAAGAUAUCGUGCUAGUAAAGGAACGAGAGAAGCAAUUGCUUGAGUCCCUAGGCAAUUUCGUCCAGAAAACAUUCCACAAGAAAUCAAACUCCGCCUCGAAGAACGUUUCUGGCAGCGGCGGCCCUGAGCGGAAUACUGACGGAUUGAUUGAAUUUGCACUUCCCUUGGUGUCGCUGAAAAAAAUUACUUCGAACAAACUCAUCCCUGAGGUCAUAACAUUCCACUUCUCCCGUGCUACCGAAGAUUUCGUUUCGGAGACACUAGAGGCUGUUCGUCUGCACAUACCCGAGGCAGGUGACGCGGUGAAGGCUAUCAAGUUGGCUGUAUAUCGAGCCAAUGGGAUAGGUGUGACAAUGUAA